AUAGUUAUGGGAGCAAAACGGCAAAGUUUUACUGCACCUUUUCCCAACUUAGUCUCUUUGAUUCUAAAAUUCACUCUCUUUUCGUAAGAAAAUUCGUUAUGCUUGUUUGUGGGUAUGUAUGGUUUCUCUAAUUCUGCCAUUUAUUGAAAUUCAAAUGUGUUUGCAAAUCAUGGUACGCUCUAAUCACAAACCCUAAUUUCAUUUCUCUUCACUUAGCUCACACCGCUGAAUCCAACAAAACCUUCUCACUUGUUAUGAAGUAUAAUCAACUCGAUUUUACGAAACCAGAAUUUGUGGUGCACUGUGAUAAUGACUCGUUUAGCGAGUAUAGACAGCUCGAUUCGCCUUCAUUUUAUGAGUGUGGAAGUUAUGUGAGGAUAGUUGGAUCAUGUAAUGGUUUGGUUUGUUUGUUUGAUGAAAUUAAGGAUAGCCUGAUUUUAUGGAACCCUGCAAUUGGAGAGUUUAUUACACCAUCUUUAAGGAAGAUUUGCACUGUGUCGUAUGACAUCCUCGGAUUCGGGUUUGAUAGAAAGAAUAAUGACUACAAAGUGGAAGAAAACAGAGAAGAAGAAUGUCAGAUCAUCUCUGUGAAGAAGUGGUGGCUGAAAUCUUGAAGAGACUGCCAGUCAAGUCUCUAUUGAAAUUCAAAUGUGUGUGCAGAUCAUGGUAUGCUCUCAUCACAAACCCUAUUUUCAUUUCUCUUCACUUAGCUCACACUACUGAAUCCAACAAAACAUUAUCACUUGUCAAGAAGUACUGUUAUUCUAAGACACCACAAUUUGUGCUGCACUGUGAUGAUGACUCGUUUAGCGAGUAUAAACAGCUCGAUUUGCCUUCAUUUAAUGAGUGUGGAAAUGAUAUUUGGGUAGUUGGUUCAUGUAAUGGAUUGGUUUGUUUGUUUGAUAGAAAAUUUAAGCGGGUGACAGUGUGGAACCCAGCAACUGGAGAGUUUAUUGCAACUUCUUUAAUUGGGAUUUGCAAAGGGCUUUAUGACUUUCUUGGAUUUGGGUUUGAUAGAAAGAACAAUGCCUACAAAGUAGUGAGGAUUGUUUUCUCUUUGAGAGAUGAUACAGCUUCUCCACCAGUUGCUGAGAUUUUUCAGCCUGGCUCCGAUUCUUGGAAGACCAUUCCCAUUAAGAAUCUACAUUAUGAUUUUCGUGGUUCUCGUGUUCAUUGGAAUGGUGUUUUUCAUUGGUUUACAAAAAGACACAAUGGCAGGAAAAAAACGAUAGCAACGUUUGAUUUGAGCAACGAAGCAUUUCAAGAGAUGAUGCUCCCUCAUAUGCUAGCUACAAUAGACAACAGUUAUAUUUCUUUAACCGUGUACUGCCAAUCAUUGGCUGCAAUACACUAUGAAGAUUGGACAUGGAACACUUCUAGCUCAAAAUGUUCGAUUUGGGUCAUGAAAGAGUAUGGCGAAGCGGAAUCUUGGACUAAACAAGUUACCUUAGAUUUUAAAGAUCAUGGAGGCCUCAAGCCGGUAGUAAGCUUUCAAGGAAAUGGUGGCAUUCUUGUUGAGAAUCGUGAUGACGAGUUAGCUUCUUAUGACCCCGAGACACAAAGGGUCACCCCUCUUGGAGUCCAUGGACGUGUCUUCCAUGUGUAUUCUUACGUGGAGACUCUUGUUUUAGUCAAGGGAAAAAGGUUAGAAGAGUAAGACUGAAUUCUCAGCAGUCUAGUCUGAAAAUAUACUGCUAUUAAUUGUAUCUAUUUUUGUUAUUUUACUAUUGCUUUCUUUGAUCACGAAACUGAAACCAGCAUAAGUCCUUUUGAUGAACUUUAUGAUAUUUAUGUAACUGAAAUUUGGGA